AUGGCCAAGGCACUUUCUGAAAGUUUGCCUGUGGCAGAAUCCUCAACUAAUGGUUUCCACUCAAACCAGGCACGGGUAACGCCUGCAUUGGCUCGAGGGCUAGUCGAACGGGCAUUCGCAUCUUUCGACACUAAGUAUGGUUUUUCGACUGCAAGUUGCCAGGUGUACGACACCGCUUGGGUUUCAAUGGUCAAGAAGACAACAGGUGCAGAUGAGACAUGGUUAUACCCUGAAUGCUUCCAUUAUCUCCUCCGAACACAGAGUAGUGAUGGUAGCUGGGGGACCGAUCCUGUGUCUCAAACGGCUGGCAUUCUAGAUACCGCAGCUGCUUUACUAGCUAUCCUUAAACACGCUUCAAAGCCACUGCAAAUUCAUGAUUACUCCAGUAGCGACCUCGACAGUCGGAUAUCUCGUGCUACUCAGGCCCUCGACAGACAGUUGAACGCUUGGAAUGAUUUGGUAUCCACGAAUCACAUUGGAGUAGAACUGAUCGUGCCUGCAUUACUCAACUAUCUCCGCGGGGAAGACAGUCGAUUGCAGUUUAAGUUUCAGGGCCAAGACGCACUUACAAGAAUGUAUGAAGAGAAAUCCUCCCGUUUUCGACCGGAAAUGCUCUACAGCACGCGUCCAUCGUCAGCUGUCCAUUCGCUUGAAGCUUUUGUCGGACGGAUUGACUUCGAUAAAGUCUCGCACCACCUAUAUAAUGGGUCUAUGAUGGCCUCACCCUCCUCGACUGCCGCUUAUCUGAUAAACUCUACAAACUGGGACAAUGAAGCUGAGGCCUACCUCCGACAUGUUAUAAAAUCGGGCAUGGGUCAUGGCGAUGGCGGAGUUUCGGGCACCUUUCCCAUUCACUACUUCGAAUUCAACUGGACCUUAGCAACGCUGUUACACGCUGGGUACAAAGUCUCUGAUCUUGGACCCGUUGUGAAUGAUAUUGCAAGCGUCAUUCGAAAUGGCUUUGCUGAAGAUGGUGGAAUUAUUGGUUUUGUACAGCGUGCUGUUGACGUCGAUGACACGGCCAAAGGUCUCCUUGCUCUGAGUCAUCUGGGCCAACUUGAAGGGCUUACACCGGCUGCUAUGGUAAAGUUGUUCGAGAAAGAAGAUGCUUUUUGCACAUUUGCUGGUGAGCGCGACCGAAGCUGGAGCUCGAAUUGCCACGUUCUGCUAGCGCUCUUGCAAGAUGAUUUCAGACAAAGCUAUGCUUCGCAAAUCCGCAAGACGGUAGACUUCAUUAUAGAGUUUUGGUGGAAGUCUGAUGGAUUGCCUAGAGACAAAUGGCAUUUAAGCCAUUUCUAUCCGGCAAUGUUGAUGGUGCAAGCAUUGGUAGCUUUCCUACGUAGUCUUGAAGGUGACCACACCUUCGCUCCUGCGGACCAAGAGCUCGUAUUGAAAGUCUCGAUAUGUUUGUUCCAGGCAUGCAUACGUACAUUACAUGAGCAAGGGUCUGAUGGUUCAUGGGGACAUUCUGCUGAUGAUACUGCUUUUGCUAUCUUGACUCUGGCAGAAACACGUCAACUGUGGAUUUUCAAAGACUUCCAAUCUCAACUGCAGAGCUCUAUUGACCAUGGAAUUGCUUACUUGGAUAUAUGUGGUGUACGCACACUAUCGAGCUCCUGGACAUCGAAAACCAAGUACUCUGUCAAAUUUGUCUCGGAAGCCUACGUUCUAGCCGCAUACCGGGUCUCACAGCCAAUCGAAAAAUUUGAGGGUGUUGGUCAGUCUUUGCUCGUCAACUCCGAUGUUCCACAGAUCGGCCAAUAUGCAUCGCUUCUAAAGCAGACAAAACUUUUCUCCUCCUUGCCGGAAUGGCAUAUUCUGGCUUCGUUGGUAGAGUCCUCACUCUUUAUACCACUUUUGAGAGCUCGACAGCUGGAUGUCUUCGCACGGGAUGAUUACAACCAUUUUAGCAAAGGCAGUUAUCUGAACCUUAUUCCGUUUACAUGGAUCGGCUGCAACAACCUAUUGAAAGUCUAUGUUCCCACAAACUUUCUCUUUGAUAUGAUGGUCAUGUCACUACUUGGCUUUCAAACGGACGAGUUUUUCGAAGCUUUUGCUACGCCAGCGUUCUCCGACAACCCGGAUUCGUUAAACUCCAUUAUCAACUACGUUGUAAGCAAUACUUUGGGCAAGGAAUCAGAGACUUCGAAAGUUUUCUUACCUCCUAACAUUGCUGAUAUACCGUUGGAACAUCACGAGAUCUGCGAAGCUCUCUUACGUCUUUCUACACACGUGCUACACCAUGACCGUGUUUAUAAAGCAAGUGCCGUGGAUCGCAAAAAUCUAGAGUUCGAGUUGAGGAAUUUCUUACUUGAACACGCAACACAAAUCAAGGAUAACACGGCAUUUGCCUCCCAAGUAGAAGAUGGCCACCUCUACAAAACAGAAGAGCGAUUCUUCCACUGGGUACGAACAACAUCUGCUGAUCACGUUGCUUGUGCCUACUCUUUCGCUUGGGCUUGCUGUUGGGUUUCACAAACCAUGGGGGAUGGAAUCGAGAUGUUCGCGACGCCAACGGAGAAAUACCUCGCGGCCGCCAUGGUACGACAUAUGAGCACUAUGUGUCGUAUGCACAACGAUAUUGGCUCAAUCCCAAGGGACUCAUGCGAACUUAACGUUAACUGCGUACACUUCCCCGAGUUUCACAGCAUGGCCACCAACGACCCAGCAGCGAAGAAGCAGGCGCUCACCACGAUGGCAGAGUACGAGAAAUCUUGCUAUGAGCACAGCCUUCGCUUGCUUGAGAAGGAAGUGCUUCGCACAUAUCCUGAUGAUCAGAACGCAGCUUUCAGCCGCAGCAAACUACGCAUUGUGCAGCUCUUUGGAAAUGUCACAUGUUUAUAUGACCAGUUGUAUGUACUCAAGGAUAUGUCGAGCAAAAUCGGGUCGCGUCAAUCCACGUAA